AUAGUUUUCAGUUCUCCUGUGCCCACAAGUUCUUAUAGUGAGAUCAUUACCAUAUAAUCUGAAAUAUAAGUCACACCAGAGACACAGUCUGUCUAUAAAAGGUUUGCAGGGCUAAGGUAAGGUAUGUAGCUUCUUCCAGUUCAUCCAAAUAUUUCUACCCUUAGCUAUAGUUAUGGUAAUUCAGCACAGCUUACAGUAACAUUGAUAGUUGUGAAACAAGGACAGACCCACUGCCCAUCACCAAUUUGUUUGGGUUUUCACCACCUGCCUCACUGGUCACUUUUUGCCCUAACUUAGAAGAGUAUUUACAAUCUUACCGGCACUUUACAGGGUUUAUCCACUGUACCACCAUCUCUAAAUGUAGUUUUAUAACCUAAUGAAAAGGGGAAGCAAUAAAAAGUGGUGCCACUAUACUGGUUAACCUUGCUAUGUUUACAGCUUUGCGCAAUGUUCUUCAGGUGUCAACUUCUGGGUGAAAUACUGAACCUCGCAGGGACACAAUGACAUCACUUUAACUAUUAGGCAAAUUCAUUAUUUGUCCCAUUAUCUUCUACUUCUACAUCAUGUUCAUACUGUUAAUCAGGUUAUUUUUCUUGGUUACUUGGACUGCUGCGGGGUGACGCAGCUCAAGGAAGAACAUUUAUGACCCUUUCUUUUUCAUUUCCUUGAAAUAAUAAUCACCAUAUUAAUCAUUUUGCACUGCAGAUGCAGUAGUUCUUCUGCCUCAGUGUCUCGGUCUGAUUGCAUGUCCAUGCAGGAUUGAUCACAAAUGUUCUUCCUUGAGCUGUGUCACCCCGCUCUGGUCCGUGGUCUAACUUGGUGUUACAGUGUGUUUGACCCUAAAUUAAUUUUACGCCGGAAUAUCCUUUUGUGUAUCUCACUUUUGUGAGUUUUAAAUGCAUAACAGUUAUUUUUGUUUGAAUGUUUGAUUUUUUAACCUUUUCCAUUGAGAGCAUUUUGAGCUGCAUUCAAUGUUCUGAAAUGUGCGAUAACCUUACUUAAUGAUAAAAUAAAAGUAGUAGUAGAAGUGGUGGUGGUCAUCGUACGGAAGCUGUUGUGAUACUGACAUACGUAUGACCUGCUUUACAUCAAUAUGAUUCCGGUUAGCUGACGUCUGCUCCCAGGAAAUUUGCACACCUGUAUUUUGGAGAAAACAGCGCGACGGACUUUCGGAAGAAACGUUAUCAACUUUUACAGGAAAUCAGUGUCCUCCCUCCUCCAAUCCCUCAGCUCCACCCACAAACACACACAGACCCAGUUUCCACAUGGGGGAAGGUCUUCCCCUGCAAAACAUGUGGAUAUCUUCCUGCCACAACAGCGACGAAAACUAAAGUUUCUCUCUCUGCAGAUCAGAUUCUUCUCUCUCUGUCUACUUCAUGGACAAACUCUGAACUUUUAAGGAAUCGACCACCCUCGACUCGAAGCGAAUCAAAAUGGGGAAAGUGAACGUGGCUCUGAAGCGAAGUUACAUUAUCGUUGCUGCUUUGAUCGGGGUGAGUGUUUUUCUGUCUCUACUCCACUGUUCAGACAGAAGGACAUACAGCCAGGAGGAGAUGUUGUUUCAGGUGGUCUGCUGAAUCCGUUUAGCUCAUUCAAGGGGCCCGCUACAGUGACAGCAGCACUGGGAAUCUUUUUUUUCAUUAGGUGGGAAAAUAGCUGAAUUUGGAAAAUACAUUUUUGCAGGGUGUCAGAUAACAUGACUGUUUAUAAUGCCUCUCAAAAUCGCAAAUAAAACCAGGGUGAAGAAAGUAGCCACUAUAAUUACUUGCAAAUGUAAAAAAGCAUAAUACCCCCCUACAGGCUACUUGAACAACAACAAAUGCAAAGUUACAAUGUGUUUGGUGGCCAAACAAGAUGUAUGUUAAUGUUAAAAUCACAAGGUAAACCACAAGCAAGCAGCAACUAAAACGCAGCAUUUCAGAUUAAGGCUGAAAUUAUGGUAUUUUAAUCUACCAGAGUGAGAAACACAGGCUCUUUUCAGGUAUCGGAAAAGAAGUAUAGAGUCUAAAAAUAAAUAUAUAAUACACCCUCUUUAAAGUAAGGUGACUUUCAUUACAUGCUACUCUCCAGAAUUAAACUACCAGUCUGUUAAUCUAAUAAAAAUAAGCUAUCCCACUGAGCAAUAGACGGCUAUUAGACGUCUCCAUUUUUUUUUGACCUAAUUUCAACCAUCUAGAUUCUGUAUAUUUUUAGACGGAAUUUAGUUUCACUUUAACCCAUUAUUCGAUAACUUUUUACUUCAAAAAAGCAACUGUGAGUUGCAUAGCUGAUCUCCAAGUACUUAACCAAAAUAAUUAUGAUAGCUGUUGAGCAAUACACAGUUAGACCUUUGUAAGCUGGCUAGUCUAAACUUGGUCUAAAUUUAAACGUCUAAAAAAUUUUAGACCUGUGGUGGCCGGAUUUUAGACUAGUCGUCUCGGCUACAUUUAGACGUCUAUUAGACCUCUUUAGACCAAAAAAUGCUCAGAGCGAUCAUUUAAAGGUAUUUUAUAUCAUGCACAUGCACAAAGUACUUAAACGCUUUUGUUCUUCUUUUGUUAUUUCUGAAAAUCAUUGGGGGAGGGGAGGUGGCAGACGAAUGGAUGUACUUAAAGCUACAUAACUAGCCUUUGUUAUCACAUUUCCAUGAUAAAUAAUUCCAAAGAGAGCUAAAAUAGAGCAGGGAGUGAGUAAAUAAUUGUAAUGUUACAAUUGUAAUGGUUAUUACAGUUAUAACGUUUAUUACAAUUGAUAUACCAUUAUAGAGUUCGGGCCAACUUUCAGGUGUUGGCUAUCAUUGGAAAUAAUCGAUUUUUGAAUAUUUGUUAUCAUAAUCUAUCGUCACUUGUCUCAUCGUGAAUCAUGUUGCAUUGAAGAAUCGAUGAAUUGGCACACCCCGAGCAGGGAGACAUUUGUUGUUAGAAAAUCAAAAUCAGCAACGUUACCUCUGUCCACAGGGGGCGCCAAAGUCAACACAAGGAGCUUCAAGUACCUACAUUUCAUACUUGAUAUUGACACAAGGGGAUGGGGGAAUAGAGAUAUGCCCCCAGAUAAAGCAGAAGUAUAUUCCCCACACUAACUGCUGUGAUCCAAAGAGAGGCAUCAAUAUGUAAAGGGAUUUUGACUCUCCAAAUAUCCAGGGUAAUGUGCUGAAAUAUCUUUGCUGCAUCGGGAAUCAGUAUUACACUUUCUAGAUGGUUCCUGGAUGUGAAUGUCAUGGCUAGCUGUGCAGGGCCUUGUUAGAGCAAGCAACAAAUAAGGGCCUAAGUGAUUAUAAUGGAUAAAACAUGGAUGCAAAUGAGACAGGCAUUCUCAUUUUUAAAUUUCAUGAGUAUGAGUAUAUUCUUGUUAAACAUAAGCAACUUGUGAUUACCAUAAAAGGCUAAAAGACUGUCAGGAAUCUAACUUUGUAUUGCAUCGAGAUUUAGAGAGUAUUCAGUGUUGAUUUACCUGUGAUAUUUUCUUGCAAAAUGACAAAAGGCUACCUCAAAGGGCUUAGCUGGUGAUCAUAAAGGAGAUUAUGAAGGUCAAUUUAAUAUUUAAUGAGUAUUUUUGUUUGUGUUUUUGCCUUAAUCCAAGAUAUUCCCGGAUUAAACAUCAACUUCAGAUCUGUCAUCAAAACAAAACCAAAACAAGCGAACAAAACUCAAUGACCGUAAGGGUGUUAAAACCUAUCAUCAAGUAUUCAGUUUCAAUUUUCUCACAGUGCAGACCAUGGGAACCUGGUUGUGCAACAAGUGGUUUUGCUUGUUUGUGUGUCGCUGCAGGUGUGUUUAUAACUGCCACUGUCAUUCUAUGGAACUGAAUGAUGCCUCCUUGUGUAGUAUUUUUUUUACAUAUCGACAACACGACGUCAAACUUUACACACGGCGCUGUGGGAACAACACGCCUCUGCCUCAUGAUUUGGCUCAGAGCUCUUAUACGCUUUGAACACAUUGUCUAAAAGCUUAGCUUCAGGCAGAUGUUUGACAACACACUGAAGUGAUUGAUGGUGGGAAAGUUGGCAGAUUAUGAAUGAAGAUAUCAAUAGCAGUUUUUAUCUAUGAAAUGAUGAAAAAUGAAAUGUUCUGCUGCUGUUUUUAGAUCAUUGGUGCCCUGCUGCUGGGAUUUACUUUGUUUAGCCAUGGAUACCUCCACAAUGACGAAGAGGUAACACUAACAUUUAACUGUAUGCUGUUAUUUAAGAUGCCACACAAGGCACAGCAUAUGUGUUUUAUAUGCUUACAUUUACCAGCUGGAUAUUUCUUGGAUAACUUAUCUAAAAAAAGGGACUUCACUCAUAUUUCUAGUUGUACAAGCCAUUUCAAAUUCACUCUGAAAAAUCUGCAAUUAAAAAAUCUGUACUCUUCUGUGUAUUUACUGACCUAAACACACAAGCUGCAGGAAAUUUAGACCAUGUUUCAGACCCUUUUGUGGGUUGUUUGCACGCAGACAGAGAGUAUUGAACUGUUCUGUCAACCGAUCUGGCUGACCUGGUUCUGUGCUUGUUUUCUCCACAGAUAGAAGAGUUACUAACAGGCAUUAACGGCAUGUACGCUAUUUCCGUUAUACCUCUGCUCUUAAGCAUUGUUGGUGUGUACGGCGUCUGCAAACAGAAGCAGUGGAUGCUCAUUGUGGUGGGUAAAGACAAACAGAGAAAACACUAGAAAUGCAAAAAAGCAAACAUCAAUCAUGACAUACUAAGUUGUAACUCACGCCUGCUUUACAUGUGUGUGUCUCAGUUUACAGUGGUUAUGAUCCUGAUCAGCCUGUUCCUGAUUGUUUGCCUGAUUCAAGGGCUGUCCUUGCAACCCGAGGUAUUUUUGAGUUCAUACUUACUGGUACUGCAAGUCAAGCAGUUUACAUUUGUAUAGUAUACAGUUAAAAGCAGGUAUUUCCAUUUCUACAGUGUACGUUUGACAAUGUGUAAAAGUCCCUCAAUCAAUAGUACAGAAGGUCAGCUUCUACGUGUCUUUUAAACAUUGUGGACUAGUAUCUGGGAACUUGCUCAAUCCUGAAUUGCAGAGUAAGCAGCAGUAUGGUCGGUCAGCUGAGUGUCAAAGGUGGAAGUCACAAAAAAAAGAAUCUAGGUUGCGAGCCCCUUUGCAGUCCUGAAAACAGAUGAUUAUUGGAGCUAGAACUGGCAGUAGAGGGACUUAUGACAUUAACUUCAGAUUUUAAGCCUGAUUCAAAGUCUGAUUCUUGAUUUCAGUCAGACAGGGUAUGAUACAAAACACCACAAUGCAGUAUUUGCCCCAGGGGAAGCAUGCACACUGUAAAUAAGAUGGGACCCAAGAUAGACCCCUGGGGGAUCCCAUAUGAAAGACGAGCGCAAGAUGAAGAGGCGUUUUCAAGUAACAAAGACCUGUUUAACUAGAAGACAUUGUGGUCGACUGUAACAGAGGCUAAGGCAACUGACUCCCUCCAUGUUUGUAAUUAUGACAGAAGUGAAACCAAAAUUACAGUUAUAACUUUUGAACUUUUAUCUUUAAUGCAGCAAAUCCAACAUGAUCAUCAGCUGUUUAUGAUCGAAAAUCUAAAUCCCAAAAACAAAUAGUAUGUAUUUUGUUUUGCAGUUUGAAAAAGCCAUGAAGGUGCACUAUGAGAAUUUUCUACCACUGUCUGAAGCCAGUGAUAGUGUGAUAGAGGGCCUUCAUGAAAUACAAGUGGAGGUAGGUAACCUUGUUUUGGCAUGUUUCCACUCAUGUCCAGGGUAAGGAUUUCUUUUAUUGAGUACAUCUGCAUACAGAAGCGGUUUCAAUUAUAUUUCCCCUCUUUCCUUUUGUCCUCAGUUUCAGUGUUGUGGACUGGAUCAGGGCUACCUCGAUUGGGGCCAGAAUAUUUCAAAAGCCUGCCUGUGCACAGAGGAGGCCACGAACCCAUGUGUGAGUGAAUAAAAGCUGAAUGUCUCUCAGUAUAUUUUGUGCCUGAACAUUGUAUGCAAACACUGCAGGAGCAUACUGAAGGUCUAGCACUCAACAUGAAGCCAGUAAAUGCCGAUGUCAUGACCAUGUUUGUGUUCGUCUGACUCUGAUGAAGUUUUGGCCUCAUUUCAACCCUCCAUACUGUCAGGAGGAUUCUAUUUUGGCCCUUAGUUGGUUGGUUGUUGUCGGACCCAGAUUUAUGUUGUCAUGUGAGGAGUUCACAGAUCUGGUCUUGGACCUAUAGGUAAUUUUCAUAUUUAAAGUUCUCAAAGAGCCUCUGAUCACACUGAGCUAGAGAUGGGCACGGCAGUUCUUUUACAUGUAUUGAAUCACUAGAAUCAGUUCACUGAAAAGAUUCGUUCACCAAAUUACCGAAUCAUUUAGUGGCAGAAGCCUGCUACUCUGACCUCUUAAACUGAUACACAGCUGAACGUUUCAGGAUUCAGUUCAAUUCAUAGCUUCUGGGACAUUGAUGAACUUGUUCAUAAGUCAUGAUGUUUUAAGUGUACUGUCCUAUGGUAUGCUAUUUGUCAGGUCUGCUUGAGUGAUCCGUUAACUGUUUAGAAGAAUUCACACUGAACAUGCACCGUUCCCUCACAAACCACUGCAAUGAUAGGAUGCUGCAGGUUUAAUGCACUACUUGUUAAAUGCUGUGUCCUAUUGUGUGCAAGUUGUUGUGGUAGCAAUUUAGCAGUAAAAAAAAAGGUCGUUUUGUCUGAAAAAUAAUUCCAGAGAGUGAAGUUCAAUGCAUGAUUCAUUUACCACAUGAUUCAGGCGUCGGUGCAUGUGGUCCCUCGUUUGCUGGCUGCUGGCCUGGCAAUGCUGUUUCUCACUUCAGCUCAACUGAAGUGAGAAACGAACGAAUCAAUCGAGGAAGGGAUUAGGUUCAGUACAUUAGCUUAAAAGAUUUGGUACAUUUGAACGAGUGAGACGAAUCAUUCGCGAAAGACACAACACUACUCUGAGCUGGAUUACAAACCCUGCUGAGAGAGAAGUUGUAUGUUUCCAGGAAAGAUGUAACUAGUUUUUAAUAUAUUUAUUUAUAUUAGUUUACAUUGUAAAAGCUGCUGUGAGGAAUUUUUUAGUUUGUGUCAAGCUUGGGGCUCCUGUAGACAAAGCAGUUUACUUGUCAUCUGUGUCCUCGAGGGGUGUCUUCUUACAAAAAUCUCACCCUGCUGACUUUUGAUGGUCAAAUAUAUCAUUUAUAUGUGAAGAGUAUAAAUACUGAGCAGUUUCUUCAGCUGCCAGGCUGACAUCUACCCCCUCUUGCGGGUUCAGACGUUAAAUGUUACAAUAUUAAGAUAGUCAGUCUUUUUGCUGAUGGUCUUCUUUUCUUUUAUCAAAAAAAAAAAAGAAAAAAGAAAAACAUUAAUAUGAGUUUCAGUCAGUGUUAAAAAAAAAAUCCGCACAGGAGCUUUAACUUGUCAGUUUACUUUAGUUUUUCAUUUUAGUAAAAAUGCUCAGUUUUAGUUGUGUUCUUCUAUGAUUUUUAGCAUCCCUUUUAAUGACAGACAGGGAAAAGAUCUGUAACAGAGUAGUGGCACCAUCUGCUGGUGUAAAACAGCCAUGGUCAAAAAACACGAAGAUGAAACAUCCACCAAGAACACAAAAGUAGCCACACAAUAAACCGGCAAAGAGAAAAACAAGAAACAUUUUUUUUUGUAGUUAUAUUUAUUUUUUAGUAUUUUAGUGAAAAUAAAAUGUGGUUGAUUUUUUUUUUUUUUUUUGCCAAGGCUGAGUUUCUUCUUUUUUGUUUCAGUGAACAACAAUGUUGAGAACAAUGUUGUAAUUGUCAUUUUGUUAGCAUGUGUGCAAUCAUCACUGCUAUCAUUCAUAAGUUGUUUCAUUCUUGACUCAUAUCUGUUUAUUUUAGGUGGCAGCUCCAGGGAACAGUAUUCAUUUUGAGACUGAUGGUGUCCAGCCCGUCAUGAUAUAUCAAGAGGUGAUGAGAGGGAUUGUCAUUUCAUUGAUAACCACUAAAACACUGAGUUAUGUAAACCUGCUUUACAAGAAUAAGCUUGUCUUGACAUUCAAUAUGUGCAUUUAAAGUGACAGGAUGGAAUUAUCUUAUUUACACAAGGGUCAAAUGUACAAAAACAGACUUACAGAAGAGUUAAAUGUAUUAAAGCAGAGAUCACUAAUAUAAGAGACCCAAAGAAGGGCCUCCAGAAUUACAUAUCAACUUCUUUCUGGUGCCUCUAACAUCACACAUAAAACUUGUAAAGAACUACAGUAUCAUGUUGAAUUUGCUUAAACUCUAACCUUUUUUUUGCAAACAUAUUUUUGUAUAAAACAUCAAAUUGAUUAACUCAACUCUUAUUUUUCAGCCAUGCCUUCCACUACUUGUGACUCUCCAGAUGGCUGUCUUUAAUGUUUUGUUGGGCAUAAUGCUGGGAAUCACAUUACUCUGGGUAUGUACAGUUUGUGUAUUUUUACAUUCAUUUAAAUAGCCAAGAUGGUCCUGUCAGCCUUUCUAGGUCAUAAAUAGACAACAGUAUUGUGUUUUUUGAAAUCUACAGUAUAUCCUCUGAAAGUUUCACUUAAUAGCUAAAUGAAAGGAUACAAGUGGCAUUGUGUGAGCUUAAGAAAAGCCAAGAAUUAAAUAAAUAAAAAUGAAAUCUAAUCCUCCCACUUUCCUGACCCUUUCUCCGUCCUGACAUUGACUCACUGUGACCCUGACAGACUUUGAGACACACAGUAACAGGAUUUAAGACACACAUCUCUAUUUUUCUACAUGCAUCUUAAUCUUGAAUUUUUGUCUUUACACAAGUGAUAUGAAUAUAAUUGAUUGCUCUGAAUUAAAUUUUGUCCAUUUGCACCUGCACUAGGUUUAUCUGUUCUGCCUCCCUGUGAAGCUCUGUUCAAAACAAAGCAUUUUUUUAAAAAGUGAAAUAUCUUACUCUGGUUAGAAGUGUUAAAACCGUGACUUUGCUGUCUUGUAGUUGUUGUCCGUGGUGCUGUGUAUUGUGAUCUUGUGCCGGCUGAAUCGGAAGGAUGACAGCCCCACAGUGGUUUACAGCCCAGAGGCGAAGUCAGGAAACUACAUCACCCUCACAGAAGCCGCAGAGUACACCUGAAAUUUCACCCUCAGCUAUUUUUACCAGACAUCACAAUGCUCAGUUUGUGGUGAACCACUGAACUAUUCUCGUAUUUUAAUCCUGUGCAUCAGAUUAAACAUAAUAAUAAUAAUAAUUAACAUAGAUGGUUCUCAAAAAUAUAAUAUUUACAACAUAAAGCACUGAAAGAUGACUGCAAAAUAACUACAAAUGGAUGUAUGAAAGCUUUAAAAAUGUUAUUGUUUUAUUUGGUUUUUUACUUUUUUUUUUGCAGAAUUUGUAAACCUCUUUUUUUCUUCUAUGUAUAAUUUUCCAACUUUUAUUGACAUUUUUCUUCAGAAAACUACUGGGUUACUUGAGCUGUGUGUUGAUAAAUAUAUUUUUAUAAAUAAUUGUAUGUGAUUAUUACAUUUGUGUUGCAAGACAUGGAAGUUUCAUGCCAGGGUGGGAUGCAGGAAAAGAAAUAACCAGUUAUCCAAGUGUUUUUGUUUUUUUUAACGUGUGUUUGGUGCCAAAGAUGAAAUUCAAAAUAUAUAAACCAGUCUUUUUUUUUACAGCAUUGCUUUAUCAAAGCUUUUAAUUCCUCAAAAAGUGAAAAAGAAUGUACAUGACUCUUUUUGUCAGCUGUAUAACCUUUCUGACAUUUUUAUUAAAAAUGUAUAAUAUGCCCUAUCUGUCUUGAUUUUUUGCUAAUGUAAAGAUAAAACAGAAAAACAGAAA